AUGAGGUUCACCAACCCCAAGUCUCUGGCCGUGUUUACGGCACUCCCCUUGCUGGCAAAUUGCUUCUCUAUCGCCGAAACAACUGAUUAUGAUACAGUAGCCUCGGCCAUCUUCACUGGACCAGGUCUCACGAUCAUGGCGGUGACUGUGCUCGGUGAAUCAAGCAUGGGAACAUUCACCGAUGGACCGUUCGGUCUCGGGAGUGGAGGCAUACUGACCAGCGGAACGGCGAAAGGAGCUUACCUCAUGGUAAAUCGAAACGUCGAUAAUGGUGUUGGAGCCGGUGGCCAGUACGAUUACCUUUGUGCUCCAGAGACCCAGAACAUCAACACUUUACAAGUUCAGCUGGGGUUUGACCCUGGAUAUAACGGAGUCCGUAUCGAAUUCUUGUUUGCUACACAAGAAGCUCCAAGCAAUGGCCUCCCGGUUCAGUACGCCUUUGACACGAAUGCCAAUCAAAUCAACGCCUUGUCUCCUUUCUUGCUCGCACCGGAUGCCAUCUUCCCACCAGAUAGUCUCACGGGAACGAUACCGGCUCCAUCUGGUGGUGCCAUGGUCUUGUUGAUAUCCGUCUGCGACGUUGGGGAUGCAUUCAAUGACUCCGGUUUCCUUGUCCGAGCAGAGGCUUGCCUUGACUGCGAUUAUGGCUUAGACAAAGUUGAGAUCAACUAUGCCUUUAAGACCUCGACACUCCCCCUUGGAGAGCAGCCUUUCAAUUUUACUAUUCCUGCCUCAGGGACUGCAUCUGGUACAUUUAUUGUUUUCGUGGAACCUACCGGGGUUACGACUACCACGAGUGGUGAGCCCACUACGACUGCUGAUGAGACAACCACUACUGGUGAGACAACUACUACGACCGAUGAAGCGACGAUCACCACCACUGCUGAACCAACAACGACUACAUCAGAUGGCUUCACGGCUACAACUGGCGAAGUAUCAACAACUACGCAGGAGUCUGUGGCAACCGCCGAGACUACAACAACCACUAUUGAUGAGAUUACAACAAUGGAGCUGGUUUCAACAACUGGAACGAUGACCUUGGUAGUCGAUGAGACAACCACCACCACCGCUGAUGUCACAACUGACACGGAACAAUCUACGACUGUUGUCACUAGCAAACUGGAAACGCUCACCACUGAUGAGGUAUCAACCUCUAUGGCAGACACGACAACAUCUAUCCAAAUCGAGUCCCCGGCGUCUACUGAUACCAAGUCUGUUCCCAGCACGACCAGUGAGGUUGCAUCAACCAACACAACGACAAGUGAGUCCGCCGUAUCUGCAACGGAAGAAUUGAUCGCCUCUGUCAUUCCUGAGGCCUCUAGCGAGUCUACGCCAUCGUCGCGUGUCAGCACCGUUCUCCCGUCACUCUCCUCUACAACUGCGUUGCCUUGGCCAGAGGCCGGGCCUAUGUUGGAAUCUAUGACCGGUAAGCCAACAUCAAACAAUCAUCCCUCUUCUGACUCUAACCAUUUCUACAGAUCUUGUUAUGCUUCAGACUCCCUUGAUGCAACUAGCCUGGUGUUGAACGGCCGGUGUGAUAUCCCCUGUCCAGGUGAUAGCAGCCAUUUCUGUGGUGGCCUGGUUGUAUCCUCUUCCGAGCGUCGCUGGGUUGGCCCACGUAAAGCGCUCGAUACGCGUGCUGCACCAGCUAAUAUCCUCUUGACCUUGUACGCUCUGAAUGACGUGCCUCCUUCACCCGGUGAGACCAGCACGGAGGUUGAGGUAACAGCCACUACGCAAGAUGGAGUCACAGCCAUUCCCACAGAUGCUAUCCCCUCCAGGCCAGUUGCCACUGUCAUCGAUAUUAUGACUGAGUCUGUUAUCCUUCAGCCGGUUGAAACAGUGAUCGACUCUAUCACAAAGUCAGGACAAACCCUGGUCGAAGCCACGGUUACUACAGUCACUUACACUAUCGUCGACCCUAACAAUCCUUCAACCAUGACUGUCACCGAAUACUGCGCUACCUUGUCUUAUGAGCUUUGCAGUCGUUGUGUUCAUCUUCCCGUCCCUACUGUCGAGAUGACCACUUACGUUGUUCCUUGCAACGCUUGCGGCCAUAAUGGCGAGAACGAAAUCACAAUCACUGCGCCUUGCGCUGCCGUUACAGAGCCAGCCAGAAAUGAUGCUCAUGGAUCACAAGACUUGUUCAAUGCUUUCGCCCCGACCCGAGCUGCAUAUCAUGCGGUAUCAGGGCCUGUUAGAACAGUCACUACGGCCCUCAGAGACACUAAGCCUACCGCUGGUGCUGGAUCUGGUCAUAUCGAGAGUGCCACCCCCAACCAGCAUCAACCGAGUGAAGGGAAGAAUACAUAUCCUGGCGCUGGGCACGCACAGCCCCAUGCGGUGCUUUCACAGUCUUCUCCUAGAGCCAGCGGUAAUGGCCCCGCAGUGCCGGAAGUUGUAGUUGCGGAAGCUGGGCGCUACGAACGUGGUAUUCUGGGGUCCCUCACAAUGGUCUUCAUUACCGUGGGUGUUCUCUUGUAG